AUGCCCUCGAGAAAGAAGCUGCACAAAACACCCACUUUUCUAGAAGGGACACCCGGGAACUAUGUACCGCGUGUCAGCCCGCCACCUUCCAAUCCGAAUAAAGACGGUAUAAACUCUCAAUCCGGCGGCUCUUCACGCUCAUCACUGGUUGCUCCAAUUCCAAGUUUUCCUCCAACACGUCAGAAGCUAUCUGCCCAGCCACUUUCAUCACGCAGUUUCACUGAAAUCAGAACUAUCGACCGAUCCCGUCUAACAGCGUCUCAUAGUAUUGGUGAUGUGGGCUACGGACCGGAUACUUCUCGAAUUUCCUCUUCGCUAACUACACUGCCUUUAAGACCCCUAGGAAGUUCUAUACUAGGUGAUGAGAGUUUGGUUUCGGGUAGUACACCCGAGGAUGAGCUGCCGCUGCCACCAAACUGGUCGGUAGACAUUACUGAAGAUGGGUGGAGAUACUACGUGGAUCACAAUAUGCGCCGGACGCACUGGUUACAUCCAUUGGCCAAGGAGAGUCUUCCAGCCGGAUGGAAGAAGCUUUUUGAUCCCGAGAAGGGCGUGUUGUACUACAAUGAAAUAGAAGAAGUCUUCCAAUGGGAACAUCCUGGGCUCCAAACCCAAGAUUUGCCUCCAGAGCCUAGCCAAUACCCGCCGAUGCCUGGGCAGAGGCCGAGGAGGGUCGCGAGUGCUGUCGAAAAUCUAAAUAUUUUGCAUAGAGAAACACCCGAAUGGUUGAAGAUGUACGCUGAAGCGGACACUUCGCUUGACCAUUUACUUGAUUGGAGCCUAUUCUCCGAAAUCGACUUGCAAAACAGCAGCGAGUUGAUGUUGAAGCUUCACAAGCAAGAGGCGAUCAAUACAGCAAUUCGCUACGAGCGGAUGCGGAAUGCGAUUUCUAAUGAAAUUGACCGCAGGGCUCAGGGUUUAUUCAACAGUAGC